CAAGUCUUCGAGCUCAAAAGUCUCUCCCAAUCAUGGGUAUCCCCCCACCAAAGUUGCUUCUUCCCUGGUUGAUGAUGGCCAUUUUCCUCUUUCUCAUAAUCCCGUCUGCAACUCAGUUAUCCUUCAGCUAUUCAGAUUUCAACAAAACUUUAAUACUUACUGGAAACGCCACAGUCUCGGGUUCAGUCAUCCAGCUCACGCCAAACGCAGUGGACAACUGGGGUCGAGUCAUAUAUUCAGAACCGUUGCAUCUUUGGGAUAAAGAAUCCGGAAAACUCGCAGAAUUCACUACCAAGUUCUCCUUUAUCAUCGAUUCGGAAGGUAAAGACAGAUAUUCAGAUGGGAUCACAUUCUUCCUUGCAAGCCCCGAUUUCCCACCACCUCGACCAACGGAUGGCGCUGGCAUUGGCCUUGUCAGCCGCGACCAAGCGAGAGACUCGAGUUUCUUAGAUGCAAAUAAAUUCGUUGCAGUUGAGUUCGAUACAUUUCGCAACGAUGAAUUGGACCCUCCGGAGCCUGUUCAUGAACACGUCGGUAUCAAUAUCAACAGUAUUAGAUCUCAGAACUCCACACCAUGGUCUAGUGUUAUCAAGGAAAACAGAACAUAUAGUGCUAGUAUUACUUACGAUUCCGCUGCCCAAAACUUGAGUGUCACCUUCACUGGGUUCAGUAAUGGUACCAUUCCAAUUCAACAGCACCUUUCUUCAAUAGUUGAUUUGAGAGAUUACUUACCAGAACGGGUUGAAUUUGGCUUCUCUUCCUCUACAGGAUUGCUCUCUGAAUUGCACAUUCUUCGCUCGUGGUCUUUUGAAUCGACACCACCUUAAUUUGUAGAGAGACAAACUUAACUCUAAUAAAUUCCCCAGGUGUUUUGAGGUUCUUGUCGGUUGUUAAGUUUAAAGAGUUUGUAGCUUUUGUGUCUUUCGGUUUUUCAUGUAUAUGCUCGUGGGAGAUAUAAUACCCGUGAGAGAUGUAUGUGAUCUA